CCUGCGUCAUGCAGCACUGAAACUUUAUGCCUACUAUUUGCCCUCUCACUCUCUGAAUACUUCCUUUUAUUCUGUGUAUUAAUGCUCCUUUAAACAGAGGGACAAAGUCUGAAGUUGAAACCAUGUUCCGGGGACAGACACAACUCUUUCUGUGGUCUUUUUCCUGCUUCUAUGCUUAGCAGAGGGAAAUCCUGUGUUUGUUCUAUUAAACCACCUGUUACCACAACAAUUCAGAAGAAACUCUGGCUGUUGAACAAGACUGUAAAAAUCUGAAUUCAGAAUGGAAGAUCGCUUCAGCUAUGGGAAUGGUGCUUACAGCGAUGAUUCUGGAACAGAUUUCAGCAGAGCCAACAGCAUGUCCAGGCCAAGUGGCAAAGCAAUUUACCGUCAAAGGAAAGAGUACAGUAACACCAUAAUGAAGGCUGAGUAUGACUUCCGGCAUCGGGUGGAGCACCUUUUGACUUGUACUAUUGAUGGCAAAGAAAUCAACAAUGUAGAGAAUUGUAUUGAGCGACUCAAAAUGAUGGAUGCCCAAAGCCAGGUGUGGGGCCAAGACAUGCUUUUGGAGAUCAAGGAAAAUAAAUUGUUGCUGAAGGACAUAGAGUCUGAGGAAGAGCUGGACUGCUAUCCCUUGGAAGAUAUCCAGGAUUGGGUCUCCAUCCUUAACCGUUGUGUUUACAACUCCAUCUUGGCCAUUUCUGUUAAAGACAUGAACGAGCAGAAAACUAGUGUCUUGCUCUUUCAAUGCGAGCAGAUUGGGGCUGACUUGCUGAAAACCAAAAUACAGAAAGCUAUUGGGGAAUGGAAAACUGAACGUCAAAAUCAUGAUAUGCUCAGGGUGAACUUGGAGAACAUAUUGAAUCCGCGAAACAGACUAUCUCACAUUGGCAAGACCAUACCAAUUCCUCACGAUUCACCUUGGGACAUUGAGCCACACUACACAGAAUUCAAUGAAGCUGAACAGCAAUUUGACAGGCAGCAGAAAUAUGAAACACAUCAAGAAGAUCCUAAACUCUCCUCGAUGUCACAAGAUAAACAUAUAGAAAUUGAGAUCCUGAACCAUGUUCUGAGUGAUAUAGAAUCAUUCACAGGAAAAGUACAAAAGAACGGCACUGUGAAUGACAAGAAGAAAAAGAAAAAGAAAAAAGGGAAGGAAAAUGAUAACAAUCAAGCAUUGCCCUCGGAAUCUGAGUUUGGAGACUGCUUCCAGAAGAUCAAGUACAGUUUCAAUUUGUUGGGGAAUCUUGACCAAACAAUACAACAGCCAAGUGCUCCUGAAUUAAUCAACCUCAUCUUCUCUACUCUAAGAACUAUUUUAUCCAGGUGUCCCAGGAUGAACCUGGCCUCUACCAUAGUCUUACCUUUGCUGACAACUGAAGCUAUUAACUUGCUCAGGCGCUCCUUGAAACAUGAUGAGCAGAUUAUUUGGAAGAAUUUGGGAACUGCUUGGAAUCAAACUAGGGAAGAAUUUCCAAACGGACAGUCCUUCCCUCCCUAUAUACCCACAUUUUCAGAUGGAUGGAUACCUCCCAGGUCUACUUGGAGAUCCAACGAUAUGGCUCAGGCAAAUGGAACCCAGAAUAAUUCCUCAAAUGGGGCUUCCCACGCUCCCCAACUGAUGCAAGUCAUAAGUGAUUUCCAUGCACGGAAUUCCCAAGAGCUCACUGUAAGAAAAGGAGACCUAUUAGAGAUUUUGGACCAACGAAAAAGAUGGUGGCUUGCCAGAAAUGCCAUGGGGGAAAAAGGAUAUAUUCCUAAUAAUAUUCUGGAAUCUAAGAAUCAGUCACCAUCUAAAGAACACAAUCCAGUGCAAGUUUCAGCAGGUUUCACUGAUAUCAAGCCAAGUUCCUCACCAGCAGAAGUCACAGUUUGGCUCAGGACAAAAGGUUUUUCCAAGAUCACUGUUAAAUCCCUUGGCAUCUUAAAUGGUAGACAGCUACUGUCGAUGAGCCAAGAAGAACUGAAAAUGGCCUGUCCGGAAGAGGGAAGAAAAGUAUUUUCAAUGCUUACAGGAGUUAAAUCCCCACCGUAGUAAUGGUCCUCAGCAUUAGCUUUUGCAGAUCUCCCAACCCAUUCCAUCCUCUAUUUUGAAGAGAUGAUCACUGCAUCAAUGGCACAAUUCACUGAAAAUGUUAUUAGCUGCAUGGUGAUCUUCAGUCCACUAAUUUUCCAGUUAGUUUGUAAUUGCUGUGUUUAAGAAGAGCCUUCAAGAGGGCUUUAAGAUGCUUCUGUAAAUGCUGUAGCAAGUAACAUGUUUACCAUUUUUGAAUAAUCUCAGGAACAUUUGUAAAUGGCUGUUAUUACAGUGAUGACAUACUCUUCUAUUAUUGGGCUAUGGCUUUCAGGAUAGGGGACAUUUGCAGGGGUCAUUGAUUCUUGCAGCCCAGCCUGAUCAGACCACCUCAUCAAUUUUUGAGUGUGAAAAGAGACUAUUUCCAGGACAUAUUUAUAAAGGAUAGAAUCUUAAAUGGAUCUUUUAGAUCUUAGAACUUUGAAAAGAUAACUUUGAGGUAGCCAGGAUGUUCUGAAUAAUGAAUCUGAUUUGGAAAUACUCUACCUUCUCCAAAUGAGGAUAAUUGGAGUAGGGGACAAAAGAUUGAACGUGUAAAAAGAUUGUAUUACGGUAUAUUCCAUCCCCAAAUUUGUAGUUAAGACACAGAUUAAUACAUUUGAAAAACAAUAAUUGAUCUUUUCCCAAGG